UCACCGGUACCCAAGAUGGCGGCGCGCAGGGCGCUGCUGGCGGCGGCGGCGGCGGCGGGCGGGCGGCGCGGGGCCGCGGGGGCCGCUGCCGGCCCGGGUCCCGCUCCCGGUGCCGGUGCCGCUCCCGGUGCCGCUCCCGGUGCCGGUACCGGGCGGAGCCGCCUGUACGAGCACGCGCGGGAGGGGCUGAGCGCGCGGCCGCAGCUGGACGUGACCGCGCUCAGCGAGCGCGACCUGGAGCGGCGGCGCGGGCCGCUGGGGGGCGCUGCGCUGAGGGAGAUCGUACGGACAUGGGCGCGGCUGGGGAAGGUCCGCGAUGGCAUCGCACGGCUGGAGGCGGAGAAGGGGCGCGUGGCCCAGGGGGUCCGCGAGAUCAUGGCCUCCCACGACAAGGCAGCAGCCAAGACGCACCCGGAAUUGGCAGCGCUGCGGGAGCGGGGCCGGAGCCUCCGGGAGCAGCUCCGGGUGCUGGAGGCUGAGGAGUCUGACCUGGAGCAGAGAUUUUACCUGGGGGCCCUGCAGCUGCCUAACAGAACCCACCCCGCUGUGCCCGUUGGGGACCAGAGUCAGGCCCGGCUGCUCGAGGUGGUUGGUGAGAAACCAGUGUUUGAUUUCAAGCCAAAGGGACACCUGGAGCUGGGGGAGGGGUUGGACAUCAUCCGGCAAAGGCGCCUGUCCCACGUCUCGGGCCAUCGCUCCUAUUACCUGAGCGGGGCUGGGGCCCUGCUGCAGCACGCCCUGGUCACCUUCACCUUGCGGAAGCUGCUCAGCAAGGGUUUCCUGCCUAUGACGGUGCCAGACCUGCUGCGAGGAGCCGUUUUUGAGGGCUGUGGGGUCCAGCCCAGCGCUACCCCCUCCCAAGUUUACACCAUCGACCCCGCACGCUUCGAGGACCUGUGCCUGGCCGGGACCUCGGAGGUGGGAAUUGCAGGGUAUUUCAUGGACCAUGCGGUGCAGCUGCAGGACCUGCCUGUCAGGGUCGUGUGUUCCAGCACCUGCUACCGCACGGAGACCGACACGGGCCGCGAGCCCUGGGGGCUCUACCGCGUCCACCAGUUCACCAAGGUGGAGAUGUUCGGGGUGACGGCGGCCGAGCGCGGGACAGAGAGCGAGGAGCUGCUGGACGAGUUCCUGGGGCUCCAGAAGGAGAUUUUCUCGGAGCUGGGGCUCCAUUACCGUGUCCUGGACAUGCCCACAGAGGAGUUGGGGCUCCCCGCCUACCGCAAGUUUGACAUCGAGGCCUGGAUGCCCGGACGAGGCAAAUUUGGGGAGAUUUCCAGCGCUUCCAACUGCACCGAUUACCAGAGCCGGCGGCUGAACAUCAUGUACAGCGGGGAGGGGGGCCAGCUGAGCCACGCCCACACGGUGAACGGCACCGCCUGCGCCGUGCCCCGGCUGCUCAUCGCGCUCCUCGAGUGCAACCAGCUCCCGGACGGCCGUGUCCGUGUGCCCCCCGUGCUGCAGCCGCUGGUGGGGCAGGAGGUGCUGGCCCGGCCCCCUGCGCCCCUCCUGCGCUACAUCGGCCCCAACCAGCCCGGGGGGGCCCCCCAAAAAUGGGGGAGGGGGCCUGAAGGGAGGGGUCCCCGUGGAGGAGACGGACGUAGCCGGGACGUCGCGGGAUGGACGCAGGACGUGUGGGACACCGGACACGCGGUGACAAAUCCCGGGAAUAAAACCUGGAAAUCCUCCUUGGAACAGGUGUGGCCUCUGCUGCAGGGGUGCUCUGGGGACAUGCAGGUGUCCCCCAUUGUCACACCUGUCUGCUGCGCUCACACAGGUGUCCCCUCCAUUGUCACACUGUCUCCUUCCCUCCAGUGCCACAGGUGUGUCCUUUGCUCCGAGCGCAGCCUCUGAUUUAUUUCCCACCGCUCUCCGCAACCCUUGGGGCUCCCUGGGGAUUUUGGGGGGUGGGGGCACAUCCUCAGGGGGUCCCCCCAGCUGGGCAGGGGUGGGGGCACCUCCAAGUCCAUCCGGGGGGUUCUGGGGGUCCCUCAGGCUGGGCAGCGCCUGCUGUUGAUGAC